GCGAAAGGUGACGACAGAUCACGACCAGUGAAAGGAAGUGUUUACAUCAUUACUUUAAAUGCUAACAGCUUUUCACAACAUUUUCUGUUAAAUUUGAUUUUACUGGCAGUUAUCGCUAAAAUUGAAGCAUUCAAUUAUUCAGUUUCAUCCUAAAGCGACGUAUUCCGAAUAUUUUACUCUACGACUUUUGAUGGGUGAUUAAAGUUUUAAUCAUGCCUACAAUGGAAGACACGAUCUUCCAGCUGAAGUUUACAACAAAACAACUCGAACGUUUUGCAAAGAAAAGUGAGAAAGAAGAGAGGUUGCAACAGGCAAAGAUAAAGAAAGCACUUCAACAGAAAAACGUUGAAGGUGCUAGAAUAUAUGCAGAGAAUGCUAUCAGGAAGAAGAACGAAUCAUUAAACUACCUUCGCCUGGCUUCAAGAGUUGAUGCUGUGGCUUCCAAAGUGCAGACUGCCCUGCAGAUGAAACAAGUGACAAAGAACAUGGCUGGUGUGGUCAGAGGAUUGGAUAAAGCUGUUCAAUCCAUGGAACUUGCCAAGAUUACAGCAACUAUGGAGAAAUUUGAAUCACUUUUUGAAGAUAUGGAUGUACAUUCACAGGUUCUUGACACAGCCAUGGGCGAUGCUACAACAAUCUCCACUCCUUCAGACCAGGUGGAUGACCUCAUUCAGCAGGUUGCCGAAGAAAAUGGUUUAGAAAUGUUGGAACAAUUGGAGGCGGUAAAACCAGGAACUUCAAAAUUGAAAACACCCGCAGCUGGCGAAAGAACCCAAGCACAAGAAGAUCAACUGUCAAAGAGAUUGGCUGCCUUAAGGAGCUGAGGUUUAUAUGUCAUAGUGAUAGUAAAAUUUUUCAUAUCAUGUUACUAAGUAACUAUGUAACAUAAUUUAAGAUUGAUAGAUAAGAAUUCUAACUUGAAUGCAUACCUUUGACAUCUCACCUUCCUAUCUACACUUUUAUUGAACCCUAUGCUGUAAAUGCUUGAUCUGGUACCACAGAACUUAUUGAAUUUUUCAAAUUUGGUGCUUAACUAUGUUCUCAUGAUACAAUGUCUUCAAAUAUAAUGUCACUUAGGUCCAUGCAAUGUCUUAAUAUGUAUUAAAGUCUUUCAAGUUAA